GUGGAAGAAUGAGGCCUAUCUUCUGUGGGAACUUCGAGUACGAGACAAGGCAAUCGGAUUUGGAGCGUUUGUUCUCUAAAUAUGGAAGAGUCGAGCGUGUUGAUAUGAAAUCUGGAACAUCUUCUAAGGGAAAAUGAGCUUCCCUCUGGGCUCACCAACUUCUGUGCGAAAAACUUCUACUGCAUGUCUGCUAUCCUUCCAUGCACAGAUGGCAUCAUCCUGCAUUUUCUUCACAUGAUCAUCCGUCACUCACCCACCUCACUGCCUAAAGUUGCCAUUCCACAAGAAUGUUCAUGGUUGGAUCAGUCAAAUCAUCAUGCUAUGCCUACCUCUUCUGAUCAUAGGGGAAUCUAUGAAAUCUGUCAUGCCAUGCCUUCAUGCCAUGCCUUCCAUUACUGAACUCGUGCUGUAUGAAUGGUGAAGCAUGCUUAGCAAUGACAUCUCAGACCUGAACCUUGGAUUUAAACCUUUAAUAUGCUAUCCUCUUGAUUUAGUUCAUCAUGCAAGGCCUCUACGGCCUUAUGGUCAUGCAAGGCCUCUACUAAUGAUCAUCCAAGGCCUCUACUUCUUUUGCGCAUCAGCCCUUCACAUAUCUUCAGGGUUUGCUUUUGUUUAUUUUGAGGAUGAGCAUGAUGCUGAUGAUGCGAUCCGAGGUCUUGACAAUAUCCCAUUUGGUUAUGACAGGCGCAGGCUGUCUGUGGAGUGGGCCAAGGGUGAACGUGGCCGUCAUCGGGAGGGUUCUAGGUCAAUGGCAAACCAGAGACCCACUAAAACAUUGUUUGUUAUAAACUUUGAUCCGAUUCGGACAAGGAUACGUGAUAUCGAAAGACAUUUUGAACCUUAUGGGAAGGUUCUUCAUGUUCGAAUUCGACGGAACUUUGCAUUUGUGCAGUAUGAGACACAGGAAGAUGCCACCAAAGCUCUUGAGUGUACACACAUGAGCAAGAUAUUAGACAGGGUGGUGUCUGUUGAGUAUGCUUUGAGGGAUGACAGUGAUAAAUAUGACAGCCCUAGGAGAGGAGGUUACAGUAGGCGUGGGGAAAGUCCUUAUGGGCGAUCGCCUAGUCCAGUGAAUCGCAGGGGUCGACCAAGCCCUGAUUAUGGUCGAGCACAGAGCCCAGUCUAUGAUAGGUACAAUGGUCCAGCAUAUGAACGUAACAGGAGCCCUGAAUAUGGCAGAUAUCGCAGCCGAUCACCUGUUCGGAGAUCAAGAACAUGAAGACCCUUUGAGUUGAAGGGAACAUGCGCACACAAAUCAAACAUGUCAUUCGCUGGCUGUUUGCAAAGCUUUAGAAUCAUUAAUGCACAGAAGUAAUUUAAAAUAGUAAGUAGGUUCUUUCCUGUAAUGUGAUGAAGUUCAUGGACCCUUAGGGGUGUGAAGAGUGAAGAAACCUUAUCUUUUCCUCGUCAAGUGUUCAGAUAUUGGCUGAAUUGGCUUUUGGGUCAUGGAUGUGGAUACAUUUAUUUCUUAAACCUUGUUCAGCCAUCACUAGAAAUAACUCUAGUUGGAAUAUAAGAUUAUCAACUCUGAAUGAAAUAUUAUUUUAGCAUUCUACAA